AUGAAGACUGAGGCAGAGGCCUCCGGCGUGGAGGCCAACACUGUUGAACCCGAAUACCGCGGAUACGACAACGUCCAAGCCGAGGCCGAGAAGCCCGACUUCAAUGCAGCCGUCAACCUUGCAGAGGGACGUGGUGGAGAGACUCGACGUGCGCUGAAGAGCCGACACAUUCAAUUCCUUGCGCUUGGUGGCGCCAUUGGCACCGGCCUCUUUGUUGGCUCUGGAGCUAUUCUAUCCCUCGUUGGACCUGCGCCUCUGUUCAUGGGGUACCUUACUCUUAUGCUGGUUGUUUAUGUGGUCAUGAACGACUUGGCGGAGAUGGUGACCUACCUCCCCCUGAAGGGCAUUACCAUACCAUACUUUGUGCGACGCUAUGUUGAGCCGAGUCUUGCGUUCGCUUGUGGUUGGAAUUAUUGGUAUGCUUACUCCAUGCUGGUGGGAGCUGAAGCAUCCGCCGGCGCCAUCCUUUUGGACUAUUGGAACACUUCAGUCCCAAGCGCGGUCUGGAUCGCCAUCUAUCUCGUCCUCAUUCUGCUCCUGAAUAUUUUCUCGGUUCACUUUUUCGGCGAGUCGGAAUUCUGGUUUGCGUCAUUGAAGUUCAUCACCAUUAUGGGUCUGAUCAUUUUGGGCUUUGUCAUUUUCUUCGGAGGCAGCCCCAACGAUCAAGGCCGACUUGGCUUUCGAUACUGGGAGAAUCCAGGAGCAUUCACUCCCUACUUGGUUGACGGAGAUACUGGAAGGUUCCUGGGCUACUGGACUGCGACGGUACGGGCUGGAUUUGCGUUUAUCACCUCGCCCGAGUUGAUUGCUCUGGCCGCGGGCGAAACCGUUGCGCCCCGCCGAAACAUCCCCAAAGCCGCCAGUCGCUUCGUGUGGCGCCUAUUGUUCUUCUAUGGCUUCGGCAGCUUCAUUAUUGGUGUCAUUGUCCCGAGUGACGACGACCGCUUGCUCUCGCCCGACUCCAAUGCCAGUUCCUCUCCUUUUGUGAUUGGAAUCCAGCGCGCGGGCAUCAGCGGGCUCAAUCAUGUCAUCAACGCCGCCAUCCUUACCUCGGCUUGGAGCGCUGGCAACGCCUUCCUAUACUCUGGCAGUCGUGUCCUGUACGGCAUGGCGCUCUCGAAAGAUGCGCCACGCAUUUUUGGCGUCACCAAUCGCAAGGGUGUGCCAUACGUCGCCGUGCUCUGUACGUGGUCGAUCGGCCUCCUGGCGUUCCUGAACGUCAGUAAUUCUGGUGCGAACGUCUUCACCUGGUUCAUGAACAUCAGCACCAUCUCGGGCUUCCUGGCCUGGAUCAUCGUGAUGGUCACCUACCUUCGUUUCCGCUCGGCGCUCAAGUUCCAAGGUCUCCUCGAGACCCGUCCGUACAUCACUCGCUUCCAGCCAUAUGCCACGUGGUUCGUGCUCGUCUUCAUGAGCCUGCUUACCAUCACAAACGGUUUUCAGGUCUUCUUCCCGGAGAACUGGAGCGCGGCAAACUUCUUGGCCGCCUACAUUACGCUACCGAUCAUGUUUGCGUUGUAUGCUGGACAUAAGAUCUGGUUUCGCACUCCGCUGGGGCAAAAGACGCAUGAGAUCGAUGUGGUCAGUGGGAAGAGGGAGAUUGAUGAGAUUUGCGCUCUGGAUGAGGCGCCGGUGCCGAAGAAUGCGUGGCAAAAGGUCUGGUACUGGAUAGCGUAG